AUGAAUGCGAAGGUUUGGCUGUUUUACUGGAUUGGUAUUGGUAUUAUAUGCUUGCGGUGCCCAAACGGCGGAACAAGUAGAGCCCCAGAUCAGUGCAGUUGUCGUCCGGGAUUUUCCGGAACAAAGUGUUCAGAUAUUGACGAAUGUAGUUCCGGCACAGCGAGAUGUAGCCACACAUGUACCAACACACAAGGCUCAUUCACAUGCUCCUGCAGAAGCGGCUAUAGCUUAGGGAGCGACCGCAGAACAUGUUAUGACCUUGACGAGUGUAGUGCCGCCACGCCAAAAUGUAACCACACAUGUACCAACACACAAGGUUCAUUCAGGUGCUUGUGUAAGAGCGGUUUUACCCUAGCGAGCGACGGCAGAACAUGUUCUGAUGAUGAUGAAUGCAAUGACCAAACCCACUUGUGUGACCACAAUUGUACGAACGAGGAAGGGGCGUUUAGCUGCUCAUGUAGAACAGGAUACGUGUUGGACACUAAUAAUCGCACUUGUUCAGAUGUCGAUGAAUGCAGUGCUUCAUCAAAGAAAUGUAAUCACAUUUGUACCACCCUGAAAGGGACAUACACAUGCUCGUGUGAUGAUGAUGAAUGCAAUGACCAAACCCACUUGUGUGACCACAAUUGUACAAACGAAGAAGGGGCGUAUAGCUGCUCAUGUAGAACAGGAUACUUGUUGGACACUAAUAAUCGCACUUGUUCAGAGACGACAAUUCCAGCCAAUAUGACUUUGAUAGUUUCUCUUGCUACAGCUGGGACAAUAUUUGCUGUUAGCGUGGCUGUCGUUUUGGUUCUUGCAAUGAGGAGAUACCGCUUAAAUGCUGAGACAAGGAGCGACGAUGGUGUUUCUCAUGCUAACACAGAAACUGUUAACCUCGAACGUCUCGGGGAGACCUGCGAAAACACUGAACACUACUAUUCUGUAAUGGGCGAAGCAGAGUACUGUUAUGCUUCGGGGACAUGCCAAGACGAUCGGAAAGUAUAACAGUGCAGUAUAACAGUGCACACCAUGGACAAUCAUAUGUAGAUCAACACUAAUCGCAUGUGAGAUACCCAUCAGCGACACAUUAGAGGCGGUGUAAGCCCUCUGCAUUAGUUUAAUCAAUUCUUUUAGCUCGAUUGUGAAGACAGCGGUAAACUGAUAUGAAUCACUCUUCAGUCCAUUUCCUGGAAAGAAAUGAGUACCGAUGUAUUUUGAAGAGGCUGCGAGGGAGUAUCCCGCAAGAGUUUGAGCCCGUCCAUCUUGUGUGAGGCAAAAACCUAUACCAAAAGACAAUUUUAAUGCGAUUUGCAUUCUUCAAGCGCGGAACUUUCAUUCCAUUAACAUUUCUACAAUCAGAAAGUUAUACUACUUCUUUGUUAUUUACUUGUUUUAAUAAAGACUCGAUUAAUAUAUAAAUAAACUGUUUCCAUAUGACAUAAUAAAUGUUUCAUUUGUCCCUUUAAAGCGGCUGACUUAAAGAUGCACUCUUACUCCUAAAUAAGAUUUUACACAUUUAAUACAAUUGUUUUAAUAUAUCCGAAACGAUGAACAAAUGUCGAAAACAAUGGUUCUUAUUAGGGAUGCUUAGUUUAAUUUAAAAGAAAUGUGCAGAAAAUAGGGUGUUUCUACAUUAUGAGACCAUAGUAAAUCACAGUUAAUCUCUUAGCAUUCACCAAUCAUUAUAAAUAUUUGCGUUUUUAGCUAUUAAAUACACAGUUAUAAUAUUGUUAAUAGUAAUUAAAAUGUUCCAUAAAUGCAGUAUUUAGUAAGUAGUUGAGGGUGUAUCACUCAAAACUUAUGUUUGUUUCACAUGUGUAUGUAUUGAUUUUGAAUAAGAGUGUCACUUUAAUUGGUUAACUUAUUUUAUACACUUUCUAAUCAACACGUUUACAUGUAUUUGAAAGAUUCGAAUUGACAUCUAAUUUUCCAUUACUUCCAU